AUGUCGUCCGACACGCCCACGAACGGGUCCAUCGACAAGGGAAGCAAGACAUGGUCACCCUCGUCGUGGCGAGCUAAGCCCAUUAAACAACCUGUCAGCUACGAAGACCAGGCAGCUGUUGACCGAGCUACGUCGAAGCUACGCCGUCUACCACCCAUAUGCACACCUCACGAAAUCUGGAGACUAAGACGAAGCUUAGCAGAUGUCGCUCAGGGCAAGGCCUUUCUACUUCAAGGUGGCGACUGCGCCGAGCUGUUCGACUACUGCAGCGAAAAUGCCGUGGACUCCAAGAUCAAGCUCCUCCUGCAGAUGUCUCUGGUCUUGAUCUGGGGCAGCAACAAACCUGUCGUGCGAUUAGCGCGUAUGGCUGGCCAGUACGCCAAGCCGAGAAGCUCGCCGAUGGAGACGGUGGAUGGCAAGCAGAUCCCAAGUUUUCGUGGCGACAUACUCAAUGGGUAUCCUUUAGAACAGCGAGAGAUUGACCCGGAUCGGCUUGUGCAGGCUUACUUCCAUUCCGCGGCGACUUUGAACUAUGUCCGAGCUCAGCUGUCUUCGGGCAUAGCAGAUCUUCACAACCCACUGGACUGGAAUCUCGGUCAUGUGGGUGAUCCGGAGCUGCAGCAGAAGUACACCACCAUAGUUGAAAGUAUCUCGGAGUCGCUGCGCUUUAUGCGGACUAUCGGAGCAGACACGGCUGGCCAGCUGGAGACUAUUGAUCUGUUCACCAGCCAUGAAGGACUGCUGCUCGAGUACGAGGAGGCUUUGACGAGGAAACUCCGACACCCAUCAAAUCGAAACGUGCCGAAGAAGACGGCACCUGCGCCCAAGGUCUCUGCUCUGACGGGCGGCGCACUCACAGAUCCUACACUCGAAGCAUCUGAAACGACGGGCCACUACAAUACCUCGUGUCACUUUAUCUGGGUGGGUGAUCGCACAAGACAACCUGAUCACGCCCAUAUUGAGUACCUUCGCGGCAUCGAGAACCCAAUCGGCAUCAAAGUCGGUCCCACAACUUCCGUAUCAGACCUUACAGAACUUUUGGAUAUCAUCAAUCCACGCAAGGAGAUUGGAAAAGUCACCCUGAUCACACGCUACGGAGAGAGCAAAGUCAAGGAUCUCCUACCCCAACAUAUCGAAGCUGUACGGAGUAGUGGUCAUGGCCACACCGUGGUAUGGCAGUGUGAUCCUAUGCAUGGAAAUACUCGCUCCACUAACUCUGGCAUCAAGACGAGGAGUUUCGCUUCCAUCUUCUCCGAGCUCGCGAAUGCUAUCGAAAUACAUAAGCAGUGCGGCACAUAUCUGGGCGGCGUGCACCUCGAAUUGACUGGAGAUGAUGUGACGGAGUGUACUGGUGGCAGUCAGGGUCUACAGGAUGAAGAUCUGGACACUCGCUACGAGACAUUCUGCGAUCCUAGAUUGAAUGAAAAGCAGGCACUAGAACUAGCUUUCCUGGUUGCUGGCAGCCAAAGAGAUAGUAAGGCAUGA